AUGGGGAGCCGUCGCCGCGCCGCGCCCACCCCAGAUCCCGAGCGCAUCCAGCGUCUCCGUCGCCUCAUGGUGGUCAAGGAGGACGCGGACGGCACGACCGGGGCUCGACGCCAGGGCCCCGGGCGCAGCAAGAAGGCGCCCCGUAAUGUGCUCACGCGAAUGCCCCUGCAUGAAGGCAGCCCCCUGGGUGAGCUCCACCGCUGUAUCCGAGAGGGAGUGAAGGUCAAUGUUCACAUCCGCACUUUCAAGGGACUUCGGGGUGUCUGCACAGGCUUCCUGGUUGCAUUUGACAAGUUCUGGAAUAUGGCCCUCACUGAUGUGGAUGAGACCUACCGUAAGCCUGUGUUAGGCAAAGCCUACGAACGGGAUUCUUCGCUGACUCUCACAAGGCUGUUUGAUCGGCUGAAACUUCAGGAUUCCUCCAAAAAGGAAGCAGAUUCCAAGUCUGCAGUUGAAGACUCCACCCUGUCUAGAUACUCCCAGACGUCCACUUGGAAAGUGGCUUCAGUGUGGGGACGAGGAGACACUGACCGGGGCUCCUCCCACAGGCGCUCGCGCUCCGUCCCCUCCUCCCUGCAGGCAUCUGCGAGGGAGGGGUCCAGGUCUGAGCUGUCAGGGAGGACUACACGGACAGAAGGGUCCAGUGCGGGAGGCACCUUCUCCAGGGCCACCACCCUUUCACGGGGCGCAUCCCGAAAGAAAAAGAAAAAGCCCAAGGUGGAUUACCAGCAGGUAUUCACGCGACACAUAAAUCAGAUUUUCAUUCGAGGCGAGAAUGUCCUGCUGGUUCAUCUCGCACAGUGACCACCUCAGCCCCAGUUGACCCUUGGGUUUAGAAAUAAAGU